AUGACAACGGCAGAACAAAACGGGACGCAGAGUCCCAGCUACGCCCUAACAGAUGAACAGAAAGCCCAUUUCCUCAAACACGGCUUCGUCCGCAUCCCGAACUGCUUCUCACCAGAAAAAGCUGCCGAAUGGACUGAUAAUGUCUGGGUCCGACUGGGAUACUCGCCCACAGACAAAUCCACCUGGGCAAAGGAGAGGAUCAACAUGCCGCACCACCGCCGCGAGCCCGCACGUACAUUCGCACCCAAGGCCUGGGCGGCGAUUUGCGAGUUAUGCGGCGGCGAGGACCGCAUUUCAGAUGAUUUUUUGGACUGGCGCGACUCGCUGAUUGUGAAUCUUGGGACGGAGGAGUGGGAGGGCCGCGCGCCGCAUCCGAGGGAUUUGGAUAAUUGGCAUGUUGAUGGGGAUUUCUUCGUGCAUUAUUUGGAUUCGCCCGAGCAGGCGCUGUUGGUUAUUCCGCUGUUUAGUGAUAUUAAACCGCGCGGAGGUGGCACGAUGAUUUGUCCGGAGGGGAUACCGUUUAUUGCGAGGCAUUUGUAUGAUCACCCCGAAGGCGUAUUCCCCCAGAUGGCCCCCCGGGGCCAACAGUCCCAGUAUCCAGACAUACAUGGAUUUUACAACUCGAUUGUCGCACAGUGCAGCGAGUUCCAUGAAAUGACGGGCAAUAUCGGAGACGUCGUACUGAUGCAUCCGUUUAUGUGCCACUCUGCCUCGAAAAAUAGCUUGCGGGUUCCACGAAUUAUCACCAAUCCCCCGGUUGCUUUGAAGGAGCCGUUCAACUUUGACCGUGAUGAUCCUAGUCAGUAUAGCCUUGUGGAGCAAAAGACGCUGUUGGCUCUGGGAAAGGACAAGCUGGGUGGGUGGAAGAUUACGGCGGAGCGUGAGGAGAUUGUUCCUGCGCGGAUGAAGGCGUUUCACGAGAUGAAGAAACAAGAGGCGGAGCGGUUGAAACUUGCUCAGGGAGUUACUACUGUGGUUGAUGCAUGA